UCAAUGCAAUACCAAACCAGCCUUAUUCUCCCAGCAGCAUCGGCGGGUAGCUAGAAGCGUCUUCUAUCGUUCAGUCCCCUAGGGUUUUUGAAUUACUUCAGUUUCAAUAUAUCCCCAAUUCCAAACCCUAAUUCCAGCGAUUCAGAGCAAUGCCCAGGUAUUACUGUGAUUACUGCGAUACUUAUUUGACCCACGAUUCGCCUUCAGUGAGAAAGCAACACAAUGCUGGUUAUAAACACAAGGCGAACGUGCGCGAAUACUAUCAGCAAUUUGAGCAGGAACAAACCCAAAGUUUGAUUGACCAAAGGAUCAAGGAGCACCUUGGCAAUUCUGCAGCUUACGGUGGUCAGCCUUACGGGCAAAUUGGUGCUGCUUACAAUCAACAUCUAAUGGCUCAGCCCCGUCUUCCUGGCAUGCCACAAAUGCUCCCCGGGAUUAGGCCACCUGUUUUGCCAAGACCUCCUAUACUCAAUGCUCCAGGUUACAGCUCUGCUCCACACAUGUUCCCGAUGAUGGCUCCGCCUGGUGCUCCCGGCAUGCCUGGUCAAUUAAGUGCCCCCAUGAGGCCUCCUCCCGCUUUGAAUCCUCCACCAGCAGUUCCUGGCAGCACAGCACCAAAUGCUUCAAAUGGUCCCCCUCCUAUGGCUGCACCUCCGAUGUAUCAACCCAAUCCAACAGCACCAACAAGUGGAGGCUAUGAAAGUUUCAAUCCGAAUACUCAGCCUCCUGAUUCUAGUCAGUAAUGUGGUUAAAUCGGCAAUCAAUAGUAACCCGGAAAAUGACUCAUGUUGCAGCACCUUCAUCGGAGAAGUCUUCUGCCAUAACUUGGUCUAAUGGGGCUUUCAUCAUGUGAUGCAAACCAGGUGAUUGUCCUUUGUUAUGAAAAGGUCGUGCAAUUUAACAUUUUUGUAGACCCCUUGUAUGAUUGUAUCCUCUUUAAACUUGCACAUCUUAUUUGAACCUAGUUGUGUUUAUAAGAGCGAUUUGUUGAAAAUUUACUCCCUGAACUUGUAAUAAUACUAUUAUUCGUAUAGUUCCUUCCCACGUUUAA